AUGGCCACCCGACCCAGCAUGCACGCGCGAGACUCGUCUGGCCGAAAAGUCUCUCUUCUCAACGACGAACCUUUGCAGAGCCGCAACUCUUCUCAGUUCAGCAGCCACUCCCAUCAAUCGCAAUCGUCCUGCGCCGGGACGGAUAUGAACAGAUCAGCGUCCAGCUUCUCUGCACCCAGUAGUUCCGGCUCGCCUGCCAUUCCCGCGCUGAUCCGAGCGGAUUCCUUCGACUCCCAGAAUACCAGCGACGCCAUGUCGCCCAUCACCCCCCAUUCAGAGCUGGGCCGUCAGCAUUCUUACAUGAAUGCCGCGUCAAAGUACGAGGACCAGAGUCAUUUCGACUACCAAGAGCGAAUGCCAUCAUACCCAGACUUCUCAGUUCCCCACUACGGUGUCGCAGCGAAAUCUCCCUUCGAGGAUCGCAGCCCCCGCUCCCAGAUGCAAGUCUAUGAGGAGGAUCUAUACCACGACGAAAACGGAAACGUUUCCGAACGGGCCUCGAAGAGGUUCAAUUGUCGCUACAGGGACACUCUGGGUUGCGACAAAACCUUCACGACGUCGGGUCAUGCAUCUCGACACUCCAAAAUACAUACGGCAGAGAAAGCCGUCCCCUGCACCUUCAAAGGCUGCCAGAAGAAAUUCACACGCAACGAUAACAUGAAGCAACAUCUCGAAACCCAUUUCAAAGAUCGAGCACGAGCAUCGCAUUCCAACAAGACUGGUUCCAAACCACCAGCUUUGACGAUACAUUCCGGCGUGAAGAAAAGCGGACGUGCAACCAGCCGUCCCCAAACCCCAGCCAGGACGACAUCCAACACCGGCAUGACCUCUAUCAUAGACCCUGCAUUGUUCUCGCCUAUCGAUCGACAUCAUCCGGCUUUCAGCUCCCAACCAUACAACACUCUCAUCACCCAAACACUGGUUUCGAGACCAGUGCCGGACAUGGCCAACCAAAGCCCAACAUCAUCGUCCAGCGGGCUUGACGCCCUCGCUGCCGCUGUGGACCUACAAAGCCACCCUUCUCGUUAA